CUUUAAGAAGCGAGUUAGAGACAGAGCUCACAAUGCUUCCUGCUAUCAAGAGACGUUGCAGCCAAGAUCGCACCAGGGAUAUUUCUACAAGAAUCUCUCUCCAAAUCAACACCAAGGGAACCUGGUUUCAGACUGGAAACUGAUUGUUGGCUGUCAGAGUUCGUCCUGCUAUCUUCUCAACUCCUCAGGAAGCUCCUAAAACCUUUUGAACUUAAUAUAACGCAAUAUAAGAAAUUGCGUUACAUUUAAGAAUACGCAAUAUAAUCCUAAUUUCUUUAUCAUUAAAGAGAAUCUACCUUGUUUCAGACAGGGAAAAAACAGUUGAUUGUCAGGGCUAACCUUCCUGCUAUCUUCUCAACUCCUCAGAAGGUCUUACAACCGUUUGAUCAGAAGUAAACAAAUAUGUCUAAAAUAUUAGAUACUUUGAAAACAGUGUUUUUCGCUCGCCCUAAGCGGUUGGCAGAAGCUGUUAAGAGUGAAGGCAGUAAGAUUGAAGGACAUCCAGGUACUCUGGAAAUUUACAAUCUUCCUCUGAAACCCCAUCCAAUGAAUGUAGAGAACUGCAUGCGCUUCACAUUUGGACAAGACUCGACCAAUAAAAGGAACCGCACCAUCAUGGUUCUAGGAGCAACUGGGGCGGGGAAGUCCACCCUGGUCAACGGGAUGAUCAACUACAUCCUGGGGGUCACAUGGGACGAUACCUUUAGAUUCAAGUUGGUAGACGAAGGGACGGCCAAGUCUAACGCUCACAGCCAGACCUCUGAAGUCACCGUGUACAAGCUCAACCACCGAGAGGGCUUCCAGAUCGACUACUCCCUGACUAUUGUGGACACGCCGGGCUUCGGAGACACAAGAGGCAUAGAGAGAGACAAGAUGAUUAUGAGUCAGCUAGAAAUACUUUUCUCAACUAAACGUGGAGUCAGCGAGAUCGAUGCCAUCUGCUUCGUGGCCCAAGCGUCGCUCGCUCGGCUAACGCCCACACAGAAAUAUGUCUUUGACUCGGUGCUCUCCAUAUUUGGGAAAGAUGUGGCAGAUAACAUCCGGAUUUUGGUGACAUUUGCAGAUGGCCAACACGCUCAGAUUCUCGAUGCAAUCAACGAGUCUGGGGUCCCAUGUCCUAAAAGGAAAGAUGGUUUACCUAUUCACUUCAAAUUCAAUAGCUCUGCCUUGUUUGCUGUGCCUUGUGACGCCAAUAAUGACGAUGAUGAUGAUGAUGGAGAUGUCGGGGGGGAAUUUGAUAAAAAGUUUUGGGAAAUGGGAACAAACAGCAUGAAAAGAUUCUUCUCUGCUCUGAAUGUCAUUGAGACCAAGAGCUUGACCUUAACCCAGGAGGUGCUCAGGCAGAGAGCUCAGCUGGAGACUUGCAUUGAGAAUCUCCAGAUCAAUGUGAAAUUGGGUUUAGCUAAACUUGAGGAGAUUACACAAGAAUCUCAAAUCCUCCAAAAACAUGAGGCGGUGAUCAAAGCCAAUGCGAUAUUUGAGUAUGAGAUCAGCAUCAAGAAACCUGUUCAGUUUGACAUUUCCAACACAGGAAAUUACGUCACCAACUGUCAGCAAUGUCAAACGACUUGCCACUUUCCCUGCGCCAUACCAAACGAUGCUAACAAGAGGAAGUGUGCUGCCAUUGGACCAGAUGGUAACUGCAAACAAUGCAAGAACAAGUGCCCUUGGAAUGUGCAUUUCAACCAGAAGUACAGAUGGGUUUACAACCAGGUUACUGAGAAACGAACCUACCAAGAGCUGAAACACAGGUAUCAGAACGCAGAGAAAGAAAUCAAAUCGGUUAAUGACAUCAUCCGACAGAUGGAGAAGGAAUACGCCAGCCUAGAGGAGGAUGUGUUGAUACUGAUGGAUGACUCAGUUCAGUGUCUCAACACACUGAAGGAGAUCGCUCUGAAGCCCAAUCCACUGUCAACACCUGAAUACAUUGACCUGCUGAUAGAGGGAGAGAAGUCAGAGGCCAAGCCUGGCUUCAAGGAGCGCAUCACAAAGCUCCAGGGAAUGAGAGGGAUGUGGGAAUUAAAAGAGAAGAUUGGAAAAGGGAUUGGGGUCAUUUAGCUACCUGUGCUUUAUAUAUUAAAGCCUUAUCAAAAAUGUGAUAACAAGGACGCUGUUGAUGAGAACAGAGUAAUGAUACUACUACAAAAUAAUACAUGUUGGUAAAAAUGUGAAUCUUAAUAUGUUGAAUAUGAAAAAAGAACAGAAGCUGUUGAAUCAAUAUUUACAAAGUUGUAAUCAUGAUGAUGCUUGUUACGUUAAAGAGAUAAGAAUAAACAAUUAUCUGUGCACAUUGUAUAUUCUCAAAUAUCAGUUUAAAGUUAUCCUUUACACUGUUAAAAUCCCAGAGUUGGGUUUUGUGUUAAACUUUGUAGAAACAGACACAUUUACAUUAUAGUCAAGUAUGAGAACACUUCAGCUCCACUUACAUGGCAACAGAUUGUAACAUUUUCAAUUGCUAAAACACUGUUUGUGUGGGGUCCACUUGAUCAAUUAUGAUUUACAGAUGUUUUGUGAAUGACAAAAAAGAAAAUGCCUAGAAAUCGAUCAAAGUGGCCAAAUGUGUUAAUUUUACCAGCCUUUUAGAAAGAUUUUCAUCUGCCUUUUACUUUAUUGAUGCAUUCAAGCUUAAUUUUAUUUUUUAAGUUGAUUUAAUUUGUCAUUUUUAUCUUGUACAGAAUUUGUACCAAAUGUAUAUGCAAAAUUAAAACGCACGUAUAAUGCUU